UGUGAGCAACCGGCGACUUACAACGCUUUUUACUAUUCGGUCCAACGGUGAAAGAGAUAGUGAAACAGGAAAGUUCUGUGUUGAAAAAGAUCAGUGCUAAUUGGGUGUUCUAAAGGGAGAGUGUGAUACCUUGUGAAUUGGUUGUGCAAGAAUAUGCUGGAUCCCUUUGCGAACGUGUCCGUCCGGACACCGCUGGACACCAUCAACGGAAGCUCUUUUUUCAACGACAAAUGGAAUGCAUUUCUUGAUGUUGUUGGUGACGAUCCGGACGUAAUAUACGUUUGGGUUCUAACGGUAUGGACGUACGGCCUGUUUUGGAUCAUCGGCGGUAUGUUUGUAUUCAUGGACAUCACCAACAAACCGGCAUUUAUGCGCAAGUACAAAAAUCAACCUGGAACACACGAACCGCUAGAAUGGAGCAAACUGAAGCCACUGGUGAAAACCGUCAUCAUAAAUCAGAUUGUCUACGGGAUUCCAACGUCCUACUUCUCGUAUCAUAUUGAAAAAUCAAUUAUCGCUACCCUACCGGAACUUCGAGUGCUACCCUCGAUCGAAAUCAUUUUACGGGACGUAGUGGUCUGCAUUUUGAUGUGGGAAAUCACCUUCUACUACAGCCACCGGUGGCUUCAUGCCGGCUUCUGGUACAAACAUAUCCACAAGAAGCAUCACGAGUGGCCGGCACCGAUCGCCUGGGCUGCCAUGUACGCCCAUCCGUUCGAGUUCGUUGUCAGUGAUUUGCUGCCGGUGUACAUCGGUCCGGCCAUCAUGGCCAGCCACCCGGUGACGGUUGCCAUCUGGUUCGUCUUUGUCAUGAUGGACACUUUGGUUGAUCAUUCCGGCUAUCACCUACCGGUGCUGGGUAGUUCCGAGCAGCAUGACUACCAUCAUUUGAAAUUCAACCAAUGCUACGGACUCUUCGGCUGGUGGGACACCCUGCACGGAACAAACGAAGAGUUCCGCAAGAAGAAGCAGUACUUGCGCAACAAGAGAAUCUUCUCGCUGAAAUCCGCACGUGAGCUAUUUCCAGACGAGUAAGCUUAGGCUUGAUCUUUGCGUUUAGAUGAAGGGCACUACGUACAACUACUAUAUCAACGAACGGUAGUCACUUUUUGGUGAAUAUGGUGAUGAACAUUGCUCAAACUAUAGAUACCUAGUACAGUACAGUGUAUGCCGCUGAUUGCCAGCGAUAAAUGUAUCCAAAAUACAGUGAGGAAUAUAAUUUAUGUGUUAGCUACUAGUCUAAGCUUUACCGGCCAAGCCAUUUUGCAACGGAACGGUUUGACUGUGAACUGAACUUUAUGUAUGACAAUAAAAUUUCAUUACAGUAGAUAUCAGUAGGUACCGAUCAGGCUUGUAUAUGGGCAGCAUAAUGUCUAAAAUUACUAUUAACCCAAUGGGACAGUGGUCACAAUUAGUUUAUAAUAUUAAUUGAUUUCUCACUCGAUGAGCAGCCCUCCUAUGAAGACUGUCCACGGAAAAACGAUACUGAUUCACACAGAAUUGCAUUUUAGAAACUAC